AUGACUGGAGAGGAGGAAUCAAAGAAAAUAAUAGAGAACCAAGAGGAAGAGGAAGAGGAGGAAGAAGAGACUAACAAUCCAGCCGCUACACCCCUCGACGGAGAAGGUGCAGCAAAAAAGAAGAAAAAGAAGAAAAACAAUAACAAAAAGAAGAAAAAGACAGCUGCUCCACAAUCUGAACCUCCUAGAGUUGGUAUUACAAAAAGAUUCCCUAAUGGCAUCUAUCCCGUUGGUGAAGAGCAAGAAUACGUCGGCGAGAAUUCUUACAGAACAACAUCGGCUGAGAAGAGAGAAUUAGAGAGACUGACACAUGAGGAUCCAGAGACGACCUAUUCAGACAUCAGAAGAGCCGCAGAAGCACACAGAGACGUUAGACAAUACGUACAACGUAGUAUCAAACCGGGAAUGUCUUUGACUGAAAUCGCUGAAAUGGUUGAAGAUGGUACAAGAGCGUGCGUAGAAGAGGAUGGCUUGUCAUCUGGUGUCGGUUUCCCAACUGGUGUCAAUAUCAACGAUUGUGCAGCACAUUUCACACCAAAUGCCGGUGAUAAGACAAUUCUCGGUCAAAAUGAUGUACUCAAAAUCGAUAUCGGUAUACACGUUAACGGUAGAAUAUUGGAUUCUGCAUUCACACUCAACUUUGAACCAACAUACAACAAUCUCCUAGAAGCUGUCAAGGCUGCCACUAAUGCGGGUGUUAAAGGUGCAGGUAUUGAUGUACGUCUUGGUGAACUCGGUGGUGAAAUCCAAGAAGUUAUGGAAAGUUAUGAGGUUGACGUUAACGGUACAACCUACCCAGUUAAGGCUAUUAGAAACCUUUGUGGUCACACUAUAGAUAAGUACAAAAUCCACGGUGGUAAGUCAGUUCCAAUCGUCAACAAUGGCGAUCCUACCAAGAUGGAAGAGGGAGAGUACUAUGCUAUUGAGACAUUCGGUUCAACUGGUAGAGGAUACGUCAGUGAUCAAGGUGUUUGCUCACAUUACGCACGUAAUAAGGAUGCACCACACGUUCCACUUCGCACCCAAUCGGCUAAGAGUUUGUUGAAGGUAAUUGAUAAAAAUUUCGGAACAUUACCAUUCUGUCGUAGAUACCUCGAUAGAUUAGGUGAAUCUAGGUAUUUGUUGGCUCUUAAUAACUUGGUAGAUGCCGGUAUCGUAACUGACUAUCCACCACUUCACGAUAUCAAGGGAUCGAUGACCGCACAAUUCGAACACACGAUAUUACUUAGACCAACAGUCAAAGAAGUUGUUAGUAGAGGCAGCGAUUAUUAAGACAUUUUAUUGUGAACUUAUAAAUAUUCCUUUUUGUUCAAA